UCGGACGGAUCAGACGAGUCUCCAGUUGCACACCUGAACAACCACUCCUCCGUUCCCUCGUGCUCCUCCUCCUGUCUCCCCCACACCCCACCCAUGGCGGCACACGCCGGAACCCUAAUCCCACCACUCCCACUCCGCCUCCCGCCUCACCUGCUCCUCCACUCCAAACCCCUGAACCCAACCUCAUCCUUCCUCCGCCCGCGAGGCCCCCGCCUCGUGGUCUCCUGCGCAGCGUCCGACGGCGACGGUGGGCCCCCGGCAGAGGGGGAGAAGGAACGCCGUGGCCCAUCCCUCCCAGCGUUUUCGGAGAUCCGGUGGGGGGAGCUGCUGUCCCCGGAGCCCGCCAACGCUGCGGCGGUGGUUCUUACGGGCGCGCUCGCCUGGGCCGGCGCCUCGCUGCUGCUGCAGCUCGCGCUCAUCUCCGCCGCCAUCUUCGCCGCAGCCGUCAAGUACUCCUUCGUCGCGGCGCUCCUGCUCUUCGUCCUCAUCGCGCUCCUCUGACUGACCGGCCCACCGCCCAGAUGACUUUCAGUUGGGCUGGUCUUGAAGAAACUGAAGUUGCAGAAAUGGCACUAGUAAUGAACAUAUAUUGAUUUCGCGUUCCUCUCAAGUUAAACACACAUGCAGUGAAACGACCUGCUUUUAUAGAACAAUCCACCUUCAAAGGAAUAUGACCUCUGGCCUGUGUUGGUUGCAUCGCUGCAGGCCACUUAAAAGCAUCUUGCAGCUGCAGGUCGUCGUACAUCUUUAUUUCUGCUCUUGUAGAUUCUCAUGAAUAUUGUAAUGUGGUAUAGUUGUAUGCUGUUGUAUUUUUGUGUUAUGGUUAACUUAACGCAUCUUGUAAGAUUUUGUUUCACAUCUAAUGACUUUUUCCCACUAAAUAUUUCUUAC